AUGAGGUUGGCACACCUUCAAAUAUCCUCUCGCAGUCGUAAAGAAGGAGUGAUAGAAGUUAGCCGAGAGGGAGCUCCACUUCGCAUAAUCACCUACCCAACGGUAUUCGGUGAACUGGCAAUCCUCUACAACUGCAUGCGAACGGCUACGGUGAAAGCUAUCACUCCUUGCGCACUGUGGGCCAUCGACCGGAGGGCAUUCCAGGCCAUCAUGAUGCAAACCGGCAUCCUAAAACACCAACGCCACUUGGAGUUCCUCAAAAGCGUUCCGACAUUUGCUCAGCUGACGUCGAAGACACUGGCCAAAUUUGCGGACAUUCUGGAGGAAGUGCACUACGAACCGGGCGAGUACGUGAUUCGUCAAGGAGCCAAGGGCGACACCUUCUACAUCAUCGCCUCAGGCCAGGUGGAGGUGACACAAAGUGCUCGACUUUCAAGAGAACCACCAUUUACCCUUACUUCCCCGAAGGGAGAGGACAAGAAGGAGGAGGAGAAGGAGACAUUUAUCCGCCUCAUGAGUCGAGGCGAGUGGUUUGGCGAGAAGGCUUUGGAAAACGAGGACGUACGCACUGCCAACAUAAUUGCGGCCUACCCGAACGGCGUCGACUGUCUAGUGCUGGAUAGGGAAUCUUACAAACUGUUGGUGGAUGAAUUGGGCUUCUUGGAAAGGCACUACUCCGACGAAGACUUGGUGGAGCAGGAAGUUGAGAAGUGGACAACGAAUCUCGAUAUCGAAGGGAAGAGCGUGCAGGACCUCAGCGUCGUAGCUACGUUGGGCGUCUACUUCGGGAGGGACACUUCACGAACGUUUGCUUUGAAGAGGUUGAAGAAGCAUCACGUUGUUUUGACAAAGCAGGAGGAGCACGUGAUGAAUGAGCGUUUCAUCCUCAUGUCCUGCCACUCCCAAUUCAUCGUCCGGCUGUACAGAACAUUCAAGGAUCGCAAAUACCUCUACUUCCUCAUGGAGGCGUGUCUUGGUGGCGAGUUAUGGACAAUACUCCGCAAUCGCCUUGCCUUCACGGAGUCAGCCACACAGUUCUACGUUGCUUGUGUCGUGGAGGCGCUGACCUACUUGCACUCACGAGGCAUCGUCUAUCGCGAUCUCAAACCAGAAAAUCUGCUUCUUGACCAAUUUGGCUACUGUAAAAUGACAGACUUGGGCUUUGCUAAAAGGAUCGGAUUUGGACGAAAAACGUGGACUUUUUGCGGCACACCAGAAUAUGUUGCUCCAGAAAUUAUUCUCAACAAAGGACAUGACUUUUUCGCCGACUCGUGGUCAUUGGGAAUUCUCAUUUACGAGCUCAUGAAUGGGACGCCGCCAUUCACUUCUGAAGAGCCCAUGAAGACCUACAACAUCAUUCUCAGGGGAAUCGAUGCUGUCGAAUUUCCACGAAAAAUCACUCGAAAUGCCCAACUUCUAAUCAAAAGGUUGUGCAGAGAGAAUCCCACCGAGCGUUUUGGCUACGGAAAAGGAGGGUUGAAGGAGAUUGAGAAACACGUCUGGUUUGAAGGCUUCAACUGGAGAGGUCUUCGAAAUAGAACUCUCACACCUCCAUACCUUCCUCAGAUAUCUUCACCAACCGACGUUACACACUUCGACAAGUACAGCCCCGAUGAUGAAGAGCCACCAGAUGAUGUGAGUGGAUGGGACAAAGAAUUCUGA